GUACCAGCAGUGUCCAUCCUUCUUUCUCUGCUACUGAGAUGCUUUGAGAUGGAAGCCCACACACGAUUCCAUGUAAAGUCAAAGGCCGAUGCCGUGGAGCCGUGUGAUAAACAACUGAAUUGAUUGAGCUGCUGAAUUAAUAAUUGCUUUGGUUUUCAGUGAAAGAGUUGUUUUUGGUGAUGGAAUGGAGUAGGAGUUUGGAUUCUGGAAACUACAAUUUCAGUUUCAGAUAAGUGCUACUGCUACCACACACGAUUCCACGUGCAUGCAGGCUUGUGGAAUUGGUUUCCUAUUCCCAGUUGAUUUCUUUCUUUUACAAUUCUUUAUCCUUUAUCAGGAAUUCAGGACUUGGACUUGGAUGUGGAUCGGUGGCUUAAAUUCUAUAUUAUCAACGACAGCUCACUUGAGGUUGCUAAGUCAAGAGGAGACUCUAAUCUCUUUCAGUUUUAUGAGUUUCUGAGCUUACUCACACACACAGCCGAGAAGAUGGCCGGUGGGUCGUUUGCUCCGGUAGGUGUGGCCAAGGAGAGGGCACAGCAGUACCAGGGGAAGGUCACCUCGUUUGUGGUCGUUACCUGCAUAAUUGCUGCCAUUGGGGGAUCAAUCUUCGGUUAUGACAUCGGAAUUUCAGGAGGGGUUACAUCUAUGGAUCCAUUCCUACAAAAAUUCUUCCCAGCUGUCUAUCACAAAAAAAGACACAUUCACGAGAACAAUUACUGCAAGUAUAACAACCAAGGUCUUGCCGCAUUUACCUCUUCUCUUUAUCUUGCUGGUCUGGUUGCAUCUCUUGGAGCUUCUCCUGUCACCAGGAAGUAUGGACGCAGAAUAAGUAUAAUCUAUGGUGGACUUAGCUUCCUUGUUGGAGCCACUCUUAAUGCUUCUGCAGAGAACCUGGCAAUGCUGAUAUUGGGUCGGAUCAUGCUUGGGGUUGGGAUUGGAUUCGGAAAUCAGGCAGUCCCACUGUAUUUAUCAGAAAUGGCUCCAGUGCAUAUCCGAGGAGGGCUUAACAUGAUGUUUCAGUUGGCAACAACUCUUGGAAUCUUUACUGCAAACAUGGUCAAUUAUGGAACAGAGAAGAUCAAACCAUGGGGAUGGAGGCUAUCCCUGGGCCUAGCUGCAGUACCAGCACUAUUAAUGACAGUAGGAGGAAUUCUUCUUCCAGAGACACCAAAUAGCCUAAUCGAACGUGGAUUUAAAGACAAGGGAAGACAAGUUCUGGAGAAGAUCAGAGGUACCCAUAAUGUUAAUGCAGAGUUGCAAGACAUGAUCGAUGCAAGUGAAUUUGCAAAUGCAAUCAAACAUCCAUUUAGAAACAUCCUUGAGACGAGGAAUAGACCGCAAUUGGUGAUGGCAAUCUUUAUGCCAACUUUUCAAAUAUUGACAGGAAUAAACUCAAUUCUCUUUUAUGCACCAGUACUGUUCCAGAGCAUGGGGUUUGGUGGGGAUGCUUCUCUAUACUCCUCUGUCUUGACUGGAGCAGUUCUUGUUUUAUCAACUUUUAUUUCUAUUGCAACUGUUGAUAGAUGGGGCCGGAGAAUUCUACUAAUCAGUGGUGGAAUACAAAUGAUUUUAUGUCAGGUAAUAGUUGCCAUAAUCUUGGGCCUUAAAUUUGACAGCAGCGCAGAACUCUCAAAAGGCAUCUCGAUAUUGGUGGUGGUUGUUAUCUGCCUUUUUGUCAUGGCCUUUGGGUGGUCAUGGGGAGGACUUGGCUGGACUGUUCCAAGUGAGAUAUUCUCUUUAGAAACCAGAUCAGCUGGGCAGAGCAUUACUGUGGCUGUCAACCUUUUCUUCACUUUCGUAAUUGCCCAGUCUUUCCUUUUCCUCCUUUGUGCUUUCAAGUUUGGAAUCUUCCUGUUCUUUGCAGGAUGGAUUAUUAUCAUGACGAUCUAUGUUUAUGUCUUUCUACCGGAAACCAAAGGAGUUCCAAUUGAAGAAAUGACACUCAUGUGGAGAAAGCAUUGGUUCUGGAAAAGAAUACUGCCUAAAGAGUAUGAUGAGAACAGUAGCAGACAAACCAAAUUAAUGGAGUUGGGACAACCAGAAGAUGCAAAUGUUUCAGAACCUGUCUCUUGAAAACACAGUAAGAUUUUAAGAAGGGAAGGAUUUGAAAAGUCUGUUUUCAGAUUAAAUGUAUAUGAGUUGGUUAUCUAUUGAUUUCUAAUCUCAUCUCAGUUGACCUGAAAUAGCCCAUAAACUAGCUUUGAUGUACACUUGGUUUAGGAUUUAUAUGCAAGACCUGAUAGUCAUGUUGCCCAUAUGAUCUAAUGGUAUGGAGAAUAACUUUUUGAA